AUGGCAGAAUCGGAUGACUUGCUAAUAGACAACAAUGAGCCCAAAGUGAAGUCAACUAGCUUGAGAACUGAAGAGAUAAAAGAGAAGAUCGGAUCAACAGAUUCCACCCCGACCAACACCAAAGUGAAUUUCCCUUCGUCUUCGACCUCUGCUCAGGGAAACCCACAGCCACCAAUGCCGGCCUCGGAGAAUCAGCAUACACAGCCUCAGAAGAAGCAGUAUUUCUUCAAGGACUUACUUGCUCUACGCCCAGGCGUUCCCCACGAGCAAAAGAUCAAUGCCAAAGAAUACAAUGUGCAAAAGCGACAGAAUAUGAUCAAUCGUGAUGAAAUGUGUGACACGUACUGGCGACGCUCACCCGCUUCUCAUGGGCGAUCCAAUUCCUAUGGUACCUCUUCUGGGACUUCGAAUGAAAUUCCAUAUGCAAGAACCGUUAGUUCCGUCCCAAUCGAUCGGCCGGUAUCAAAAGAUACUCGUCUCAAACCUCUCACAGAGCGGAGUAGUUAUUCUAGCUCAACUCCUGCUCCAGGUCUCGGUGGCCCUCGUUCCUCGAAUAGUCCUGCAGGUAGAUCAAAUAUUCCUACUUUGGGUACUGCUGAGUCUACUCGAGGUCAGAGAUGGGAGAGAUUGCAAGGGAAUUUGCCAACUUCUUCCCUCAAAGAAACGGAAAAGGCACUUUUGAACUUUUUGCAGCGCGUAAUCGACAAAGAACAUAGAAGCAAAGCAACUGCUGCUAUGGGUAUUCUCCAGGAUCUUCCUUCUCCAUUAGAUGGCAAUACCCCUUUUACACCUACACGUGGAACUAAUACCUUAAUCGGCACUCCAACCAGUGUUCCAACCAGUGCCUCAGUCAGUGCUCCAGCUAUCGAAGAAACCAGUCUUCUAAUCGCGUUUGAGGAAGCCCCAGCUCCUCUAAAGAGACAAGAGAAUGUUUCUUUCCUGCAUCCAGACCUUAUUGAUCUCUCACCUGCGAGUCUGAGGACUAAAUUGCGCUAUGAUGCUGUGCGUCGAUCUAAUCAAAGCCCAGAUGAUCAGGAUGAUAAGCCUGAAAUCUGCGAGAAAAUAGCCGAUACAGAGGAAACCCAAACGAGGGAUUAUCAUACGACAAUGUUCCACCAGCAGCCUUCCAAGUUUGCUGACUAUGGUAUGGAUGGUGUUAGUGAAACGACCGAGUCGGCCAGAAACGGAAGAAAUGGAGAUUCCAACGAACUUACCUCCGGGAGUAUCACACCCAACGUCAGUGUCAAUUCACAUGAAACCGCAGUACAGAGAUGCACCCCCCAAAUCUUUAAAACGGCUGUAAAGCUGCCAAAGGAGAGACAAGCUCUGAUUGAUCUCUUUAACUCUCUUGGGCUAUCUCUAGAUAGAGUCCGUGAUUUUCCUGGCCCUCUCACCCUGGAGAUCCAGCUUGGUCUCAUGUUGAUUCUCAAUACGACAGCUUCUACUCAAGAGACAGAGAUGACUUACAAAGAGGUCCAAAACCUGUUCUUCUCGCAGCACGGCUUGGAGGCGCCUCGUACAUCAUUCUUCGAUCGUUUGACCUCUUCGCCCGCGGAUAUUGACCAUCUUAUUGGCCUCAAAAUCAAUGAUAAGCCACUAUUUGACCAAUACGCCACCCUCAGGAGUAUCAAAUACGAGUUCCGUUGCCGGGCUAGUUCAAACACGAUCUUUAUCAUCUCCGUUGACCAGCACCGCACUGUCACCCUCCGUUACCCUCGUGUCCAUCUCGGUGCUGUGUCUAUGAGUUUUCCCGCCCAAGUCUGGGAUGCUUCCGCCGUGUUGCAAGGCUCCACUCGCUUCAACCGAAAGGCCGAUCUAGAGCUUGAAAAAGCCGUCAGAGAGUUGGUAGAGAGCAUAUGGAUUGAUCCUGAAAGCGUAACUCUGCAAAUGCUUAUUCGUCCUCCCUCUACGGAAGUUAUGACAAUCCUUGGAGUAUACAUGGAGCGACGAACCAGUCACCGCUGGAUCUCGGAGCAGAGCGAGCGGAUCUAUCUCAAAGUUGCCGAGACCCAAGUCCUCAAUAUGACGCCCUCGAUUCUCGAUCCUGAGAUCCUUGUGGUGAAUUGCGCCCCACAUGAAGAGAUGCUCAGACAUGGCAAGCACUGGUGGCAGGCCUCAAUCACCAGUGCAGAGAUAGAACGCAUAUUGAAGCAAAACUUGCAUGUCAAGCCAGGUACUCGCAACGAUUCGUGGAACACGGUAGAUCUCUUCGGCUCGGAUCUCACUCUCAUCAACCCCUCUGCAAAGCUAUCUGCCCUCGGAGCCUCAGUCGACCAUUCAGGCAUUGGCGCCAUGUUCCGCCUUGCCAAAAUCAUCGUCGAGAAAAUCGAUGCUAUCGGAUUCUUUAAUAAGGGGCCUGCGGCUUACAUCUCAAGGAGUCCUACGGAUCGUGGUGCCUCCACUGGCGCUGUUUCUGGUGAAGCCAGGUCGGGGACUGUAUCGAAGAGUCAGGACUGGAAUAUGGCGGUUGGAGGGUGGAACCCUUCCGCUCCGUCCAAGCCACUGAAACACAGGUGGUGA